UGGAUGAACCUCAAGCAGCGGCAAAGGGAAGCACUGACAAAAGAACGUCAACAUCGGCUAGCUACUGGAGGAGGGCCUGCAACCAGUGAUGCAGUUGUAGACCCAGAUGUGUCUGAGGUGGCCCCUGCUCUAAUAGUUGGUAUCGAUGAUGCUGUUGACUCUGAUACAAUUCCAGUAACCGCUGACCUUGCCGUCCAAGAAGUAAAUAUGGACUUGCAGCCCGUCUCUUGUCUUCCCCCAACUUCUUCCCAAAUACCAUCCACCAGUGCAUUUUCUUCAUCACCAUUCCCAUGCGCUGUUGUUACACAAGCACCACUUGCCCUUGCCCCAACCCGGACAACAUUGACACCACCUCCACCUGAAGUAGGUCCACUACUGUCUCUCACUACAACCACUCCACCACCAGCUCUCCCUACAACCACUCCACCACCACCUCUCCCUACAACCACUCCACCACCACCUCUCCCUACAUCCACUCCACCACCACCACCUCUUACUGCUUCCACUCCACCACCACCUCUUCCUACAUCCACUCCACCACCACGUCUUCCUACCCCACCUCCACGUUUUCCUACUCCACCUCUUAUUAACCCAUCAAAUACAGCUACCCAAACUUUUCAAAGGCAUAAAAGUUCUAUUCUGGAUAAGGAAUAUAAAGACAGACAGAGACGGGCUAAUGAGAUUCAUGAGUUGGAGGUUUUAUUGUUAAGAGAAAGAAUAAGAGAAGCAAAGGCGAGAGCAGACCUCGCAGAACUUCAACUGCAGCAGCAGUGUUCGUCAGGUACAUCAGUAUUAUCUACUUGCUCAUCAUACUAUUUUAAAAACUAGUAUAGCUUUGUUAAGUCCUGGGAUAAUUAAUAACACUUUUCAUCUAAUUUGUUUCAGAUACUGCAACUGAUGCCU